GUUUAUUCAUUCUUAUUUGGAUGUUCUUGUGGGUUGUCACAUUUUGUUUGAUCUGAAUUGAAUGGAUCAGUAUGAGAAAGUUGAGAAGAUUGGUGAAGGGACUUAUGGUGUUGUUUACAAGGCUCGUGAUCGCGUGACGAAUGAGACAAUUGCACUUAAGAAGAUCCGCUUGGAGCAGGAAGAUGAGGGAGUACCAAGUACUGCGAUUAGAGAGAUCUCCCUCUUGAAGGAAAUGCAGCACGGCAAUAUAGUCAGGCUGCAAGACGUGGUGCACAGUGAUAAACGCUUGUAUUUGGUUUUUGAGUAUCUAGACCUGGACUUGAAGAAGCACAUGGAUUCUUGCCCAGAACUUUCUAAGGAUCCACGUUUAAUAAAAACAUUUCUGUAUCAGAUUCUUCGGGGUAUUGCUUACUGCCAUUCUCAUAGGGUUCUUCACCGAGAUUUGAAACCUCAGAAUUUGCUGAUAGAUCGACGCACUAAUUCGCUGAAGCUUGCAGACUUUGGAUUAGCUAGGGCAUUUGGUAUUCCUGUCCGCACGUUCACUCAUGAGGUGGUAACGCUGUGGUACAGGGCACCGGAAAUCCUCCUUGGGUCCCGUCAUUACUCCACUCCCGUUGACGUGUGGUCAGUGGGAUGUAUCUUUGCUGAAAUGGUGAACCAGCGGCCAUUGUUCCCUGGAGAUUCUGAGAUUGAUGAACUGUUCAAGAUUUUCAGAGUUUUGGGUACACCAAAUGAAGAAACCUGGCCAGGAGUGACUGCCUUACCAGACUUCAAGUCUGCCUUUCCCAAGUGGCCUUCUAAGGAUUUGGCAACUGUGGUCCCAGAUCUUGAACCGGCUGGAAUAGAUCUUCUUUCUAAAAUGCUUUUCUUGGAACCAAGCAGAAGAAUUACCGCCCGGAAUGCGCUUGAGCAUGAGUACUUCAAGGAUCUUGGGUUAGUACCAUGACGCUUUUCCUCUCUUCUCUUUGUAUAUUAAAUAUCUCGGCGAGUGUGUGGUGAGUCAUAGCAACUCAUAGGUUUGAUUGUGUGUGAGAUGUGUGCUUCUAUAUGUUCUUUUUUGGGUCCUGAAACUGGUUCUUGCAGAAUCAAUUCUUGGGCUUGCCUUCAGUAAGAUUGCUUGAGAAUGAGUCUCUUCUUUCAUUUCUUCAACAGUUUACUAUGUAAUCAUCCAAUUCAGAUUGCUUAGAAGAAAAUCUCUUCUUUUUAGCUUUGAGCUAGACCACAUGGUUGUUUUGUAAUGGAAUUCUUGCAGCUUGCAUUGCCCUUUGCUGUUAA